AUGAAGGCCAUGAUGGAAGAAAAACCCAAAAUGCAGCAAUCUGGCUGCCUUGAGCAUCGCACACCGCAGGUCCAAACCCCCUCAGGGCUCGGUCGAAUGCUGAGAUACGGAGCCGUGGUUCUCAUUGUCGGCGCCGUGUUGAUGCUCUGCGCCUCCAUGGCCGCCCUGCUCCUGAGGAAAGAAAGCGAGCGGAACGUGUACAGCGCUCAUUACAGCAUGAACAUCAACGGGGAGGUGAGGGAAGGCUCCGUGGAAAUCGAUUCCGACGACAACGUGGAGAGGUUCAAAACCGGCAGCGGAGACGAGGAGGCCGUGGAGAUCCGUGACUUUCAGAGUGGAAUAACUGCGAUCCGAUUCUUCGGGGGAGACAAGUGUUAUAUAAAAUCCCAACUCAAAGGCAUCCUUCCGCACAUGGGAGCCGACAACAAAGAGGCACUGAUGUCUGACCUGGCUGAUGAAGACAUGCCAGUGAGGUUUGAUGCCGAGUUCCUCAUCUGGGUUUCUUCAGAGCAGCCGCUGAAGGACACGGCUUUCUUGAACCACAAGAUUCUGGCGCUUUGCGGGGAACUUCCUAUUUACUGGCUCCAACCUCUCAUUCCCAAAGAUGGGGAGAGGAGGAAGCGGCGGAGUAGGAGGGACGCUCGGCGGACCAAGCGGCAGUCCCAGGUGGAGGUGUUGGAGGUGGCGGAAAAGGAAGAUGUCUCCAGGUUAGAGGAAGGAGCAGAGGAGGGGCCUCGGUCCGAUGUGGGCUCGGGAUUCAACCCUGAGAAUCCCUAUCAUCGCGGCGGAGGCGCCGGUGAAGAGAACGCCAUGACCUUUGACUCCAUGCUGGACCACCAGGGGAUCUGCUGCUCCGAAUGCCAGCGCAGCUACACACACUGUCAGAGAAUAUGCGAGCCUCUGCGCGGCCAUUGGCCCUGGCCGUACAACUACAGAGGAUGCCAGGUGGCUUGCAGAGUCAUCAUGCCCUGUCGCUGGUGGGUCGCACGCAUUUUAGGUAUCGUGUAG